AUGGUCGGCAAAGAAUGCAUAGCAAUUGCCUCAGAUCUCAGACUAGGCAACCAGUCCUUAGGGUUAUCCAACAACUUCGAAAAAGUGUUCCAAUUCGGCGACAAAACCUUCUUGGGCCUCACUGGCCUCGCCACCGACGUCCUCACGCUCAAAGAAGACUUCCGUCUCAAGAACAACUUGUACAAGUUGAGAGAAGAAAGAGAGAUUGAGCCCCAGACGUUAGCCAACUUGGUGUCUUCGUCAUUGUACGAGAAGCGUUUUGGUCCAUUUUUUGUGGGUCCUAUUGUGGCUGGUUUGGAGCUGAAGACCAACAAGCCGUACAUUUGUGGGUUUGACUUGAUUGGGUGUAUUGACGCCGCUAAGGAUUUCAUUGUUUCAGGAACCGCCAGCGACCAGCUUUACGGUAUGUGUGAGUCUCUUUAUGAGCCCGACUUGGAGCCGGAGGAUUUGUUUGAGACGAUUUCUCAGGCUCUUUUGAAUGCGGUGGACAGAGACGCCUUGUCUGGGUGGGGAGCUGUGGUUUAUAUUGUCACGAAGGACAAGGUGAUCAAGCGUGUGCUCAAGACCCGCCAGGACUAA